AUGACGACAGAGGCUGCAGAAGAGCCAAAGAACUCGCGCGCCGCGUCUCCAGAGAUAACAGGGGACGGCUUUGUUCGCCUGCACAUCACCCCGUUUGACGCCGAUCUACUGAAGAUUAUCGUACCAGCUACCGCUCUCCCGAACGCCCGCAAUAUUUCGUACCAUUCGCUCGAAACAUUUCCGGAAAAACGAUUUGGGUUUGUUGAGUUGCCCCAGAUGGACGCCGACAAGAUCAAGAAGAAGCUCAACGGCACGGUGCUGAAGGGUAGCAAGGUGCGCGUUGAGAAGGCUCGUCCCGAAAAGCGCAUCGAGGCCGAAUCGGCGGACGAGGCUGGAGAGACCGGGAAAAAGUCAAAGGGAAAGAAGGACGGCGACGAUUCCGAACGACCAAAGAAGCGCAAGCGCGAAAUGGGCGUUGUCAACGGCGUCAAGCUUGACGACCGCAAAGUGAAGCGUGGAUGGACGGAACCCGCCGAUUACAAGAAUAAGAAGAAGAGCAAGGACAGCGCCAAAGAUACGAAGAGCACUGAAAAGGACCCGAAGCGAAAACAAUCGAGGUCGAAAUACAUUGAGAAAGAGGAAUGUCUUCUCAAGACUCGAAUGCCUCCCAAUGAGAUGCGAAACCUGCCCGAGGAAGAUGCUAGCGCCAAGAAGAAGAAGAAGAAGGGCUCUUCUAGACAAGUUACUGUUCACGAAUUUGAAAAGACAACAAAAUUUAUGAACUUCCUCCGACCGGCUGCUCCAGAGACCGAGGGCAAGCCCGCGACCGAUUUUAUUGAGGGCAAAGGCUGGGUGGAUGAGGAUGGCAAUGUGGUGGAAAUUGUCAAGGAGAAGGAAAUGCCAAAGCCACUGCCUAAGAAAACACCAAAGAAGAAGCAAGUGGCCCCUGUUGAGUCCGAAUCUGAAGACGAAAGCACUAGUGAUAGCGACACUUCGGCGGACGACACCUCGUCAGAGGAGGAAUCCGAGGACGAGCCAACGGAGGAUGCAAAGAAGCCAAAGGUGAAGAAAGUGGUAGCGGAUGCGAAAGACGAAAGCUCCGGAAGCGACUCAUCAGACUCGAGCAGCGAUGGCUCUGAAGAUGACGAGUCCGACGACGAGUCCGAAACGCCCAAACCGGAGACGAAUGGGGAGGCCACUUCCAAGCCCUUGAUGAUUGAUAUCCCACCCCCACCUGCCACACCUAAGGCUGUGCACCCACUGGAAGCGCUUUACAAGCGGUCUAAUACCGGAGAAAACGACGCAACGACGCCCGGCGCGAAGAAGGAGGCAGGCUUUAGCUUCUUUGGCGGAGACGGAGACGAGGAAGAAGAAGAAGAGGAGGAGGCUGUCGGCACUGCGAUGCCAUCCGUACCCAUGACACCCUACACCAAGCAAGACUUUGAAUGGCGCAAUGUCCGUAGCGCGGCACCGACUCCAGACACGGUCCACCCCGCCCGCAUGCGCAGCUUCUUUCCCCCAGCGGACGAAGACGCCGACAUGGCCGAGGUUGGUGAAGAGGAAGAGGAGGAGGAGGGCUACGACGAAGAGGGCGAAGAUGCUGGCCUUGCGAGUGGCCAGCAGCAGGCUACGAGCGACUUUCAAAAGUGGUUCUGGGAGAAUAGACGUGAUCUCAACCGGUCCUGGAUGACGCGACGAAAGACGGCGGCCAAGGAGAAGCGGCACCGCGACAACAAGGCACGGGCCUCGAAAGCAGCAUAG